AUGUCAUUAGUAUAUAUUGGUCAACAAAUAACUAUUUAUGUUGGUUUCUUUUUUGUUGUUAUUGGUAUUGUAGGAAAUGGAAUAAAUAUUUUAGUAUUUUUAAAAACUCGUACUUAUCGUACAACUUGUUGUACAUUUUAUUUUCUUAUUAGUUCUAUUGUUAAUAUUGCUUUUAUAAUAACUAAUAUUACAUCGCGUAUUGUCAGUUCUGGUUUUGGAAUUGAUGUUACUCGUACAUUAGUACUCUGGUGCAAAGCACGACAAUAUUUCGUUAUUACAUUCGCUUCAAUUACAUUUACUUGUUCAUGUUUAGCAACAAUCGAUCAGUUUUUUGUUACAUCACAAAAUGCAGAUCUUCGUAAUUUAAGUAAAAUGAAACGAGCCCAUCGAAUUACAUUGAUUAUGAUUAUUAUAUGGUGUGUUCAUGGAAUUCCUUGUUUUAUAUUCUACAAUAUAUCACCUGUAACCAAGACAUGUAUGAGCAUGAAUACUUUGUAUGCUAUAUAUAUUAUCAUUCAUCUUCUUGCUAUUCUCUCUGCCAUUCCAGUUCUAAUCAUGAUUGUAUUUGGAUAUCUAACUUAUCGAAAUAUUCAAUUGACACAAAUUCUUGCUUUAGAGCAAGCUGAUCGACAAUUGAUUAGAAUGACAAUGUUUCAAGUUAUACUGGUUAUUUUUUCUCUUGUACCAUAUGGUGGUAGUAUUGCUUAUAAUUUGAUCACAUCGGGCAAUAUUAAAGAUCCGAAUCGAGUGCUCGUUGAAAACUUUUUUACAGCUAUAUUUAAUCUAUUUCCUUAUUUCUAUUAUACAGGAAGUUGUUAUAUGUUUUUAAUUUCAUCGAGCCGAUUUCGUCGAGCAACAAAAGAACAAAUAUUCUUUUGGCGAAGAUGGAAUCGUGUCUUACCUACAUCUGUUAGAUGA